GAAACAGAAUAUCCCUCCAUCUUCCCCUCCCCUUUGGAUUUCCACUUUCUCCCCUAUAAAUUAACACCUCCAUUUAUAAUUUAAUAAUAAUAAUAAUAAUAAUUUUUUAAGUUCCACAAUAUAAUACUCUUGUAACGUCCCCCAUCAGUUUCAUCUCAAAUUCAUCAAUGGAGUUACAUAGAAAAAUUUCAUUCUUCUUGUUCUUAGCUCCAUUGUUGUUCAUAUCGAUCACUGCUGCUGCUUGCUCCAACGGAACAUGCAAGUUAGGGGAUGAUUGUGAAGCCGACCGAGAUUGCGAGACCGGACUUUAUUGCUUCUCUUGUCCUCAAGAAUAUUCAGGCUCUAAAUGUGUUCGAUCAACUGCUACGCCUGUGUUUAAUCUGCUGAACAAUUCUCUACCAUUCAACAAAUACUCCUUCUUGACAACACAUAACGCCUUUGCAAUCGACGAUGGGACCCCGCGAGUUGCCCCAACGAAUCAAGAAGAUAGUGUCACUCAACAACUAAACAACGGGGUUCGUGCUUUGAUGCUUGACACAUACGACUACGAAGAUACCGUAUGGUUGUGUCAUUCUUUUGGUGGAGAAUGUCAUGAUUUAACUAAGUUUGUACCAGCCAUCGAUACUUUGAAGGAAGUCGAAGCUUUCUUAUCAGCAAAUCCUAAUGAAAUAGUGACAAUCAUCCUUGAAGACUAUGUACAAGCACCUAAUGGUCUGACUAAUGUUUUUACAAAUGCGGGGUUGAAGAAAUACUGGUUUCCAGUGACAAGUAUGCCGAAAGGCGGCCAAGAUUGGCCAUUAGUGCGCGACAUGGUCGCUAACAACCAAAGAUUACUUGUUUUUGGCUCAGUUAAAUCCAAGGAACAAAGUGAAGGCAUCGCGUACCAGUGGAACUACAUGGUGGAAAAUCAAUAUGGGGAUGGUGGGAUGAAGGCAGGCGAGUGUCCAAACAGGGGAGAGUCAUCUUCAAUGAACGAUACAGCCAAAUCACUCGUGUUAGUGAACUACUUCCGUACACUUCCUAUAAAGGUAUUGGCAUGUGGUCAAAACAAUGAGGGCCUCUUGAACAUGACCAAGACUUGCUUCAGUGAUUCCGCCAACCGUUGGGCCAACUUCCUUGCUGUAGAUUUUUACAAGAGAAGCGCAGGCGGAGGGACAUUCCAGGCCGUCGAUUUGCUAAACGGAGAGCGUUUGUGCGGAUGCAACGACGUACAUUCUUGCGCCCCUGGAGGAGGAAGCUGCACACCCUAAAAUGCUUCAGUUUUGGGACCAACAUGACAUGGGCACAAAAUAUUAUUUAAAAGCUAUAGUUUUGUUUAGUAAGUAAUGUGAUGCGUGUUACCCAAAUGAAAUAAGAAAAGAAGAAAUGUAUUUUUGUCAACAUGUUUUAAUACGAUAUAAAAAUCUUAUUGACAUUUACCAAGCCCUACAAAAAAAUUAAACUGGAGAA